UUUCCUUAACAGACUGCUCCUUCUGGGGCAUCACUGCAAGCUCCGUCUGCAGUUCCACUUCCUCGUUUGUGGUCUGAGACCUUACCACCAGAGGAUCACAGGUGGAUUGCCGGCAGGCUUUUUAGAAUGGGGUCCACAGGAAAGCCAGAGCUCCGUGACAACCUUCAGCUCUGGUAUUACCCACCACAGCCAGCACUUACAUACAAUCAGGCUCCAGCUCCAGACAGAUUUUUCGCCAAUGCUCUUUUGCUGUGGAUGCCAUAUAAGCUGUGGAGGGUCAAGGUGCUCUGUUCCAAUCCUGCCUGUGGACAGCAUCAGCUUACAGGAGGCAGUCUGCACAAGAGGGCAAGGCAGGUUCUGGACAUCGAUAGGAUGUACAACAUGGUCACAGAAAUCCUCAUCUGUACCAAGUGCAAAGCCUCGCAUGUGUCCUGGAGUCAGACUGUCCUGCAACAGCUGGAUCUGGGCCAUUGCUCUGAGUUUCGGGUCAUCCUCACGCAGAAGUAUGCCUGUGAUCUGAGAGUCAUUAGAUUCCUGAAUGAGCGUGGCCUAGGCAACAGUCCUACACAGGUCAUCAAACAGCUGCAUGAGAACCACAGCGAGGAGUGGCACAAGUGUCUGGCCCGGUACACCACCCAAUGUGUUGACUUCGUCAACCGCACUGGUACAGUGAUCACCAAAAAGCUGGCAGGCACAGCCAGAGGAACGGGACUGUUGCUCACCUCUGUUGGCAACGAGUUUGGCCAGGUGCUCAACAGUGUCUUAACAGCCCAGGAAGGAGCAGGACUGGACAAGAUGGUAGACGGUCUUGUGAAACGCUACCAGCAGGCUGGUGUGGAUCCACCUGCCGUGUUGUAUGUCGACUGUGGGUGCUGCGCUGAGGUGGGAGAGACCAAGCUGAAAGCCAGGUUCAGUGGAUGGCCGGAUCUCCUGAUAAGGCUGAACAUCUGA